UGUCAGGAUUCACUUUGCGACCUUACGCUGUCGACAACGUUUUGUUCAUCCCUCGUGUUACAUAUUUAUACCUAUAUGUAUAUGUAUAUUAGCUGAUUUUUAACGAGUGGCUGAGUAGUUUUAUUAAUUUAAAUAAUUUAGCAGUUGAGUGAAUUAGUGGAUAAUAUAAAUAUAGAACAAAACCACUUAGUUGAACAAGUGGCUACUAUAAAAAGUGGAUAAGUGAUUUUCGUCUUAGUUAUUUGAUAAAAGUUAUCUUGCAAAACUAAAAAUGAAUUAAUGUGUUGUUUGAUAUGGCUGCGAUGCAUUACAACACGACAAUGGUAGCUGAGGAUAUUCAUUCACGUCAUCCAAGACAUACUUACAGCUUAGAAGAGCCUGGUGGUGCAUCGCCUAGCUCUGAAGAGGCGAGGUCGCCAAUCGCUGGCUCUCCUGUUGGUUACAGUAACCCCAAUGAAUCGAGAAGAGACUCAGACACGGACACACUUAAUUCAAGGCUGAUAAAUUACGAGUCUUUUAAGUUCAAUGAUGACAACCAAAGAGGUUUGUUCCGCGAAGAACACCCACCUGCUAAACGUUACCGGGAGAACACGAGUGACGAGAGAAUUUGCGGAGAAACUGGAGUCUGUGCUUCGCCCUCGGAUGACAAUGAGAGCCACAACGAGCCUUCGGGGAGGCAUCAACGGGGUGCUACUGGCAAAACAUCAUUUUGCAUUGACGCGCUUUUGGGCAGAGCGACUGGAAAUAAUCAAAUAAGGCAUUCAAAUUCUGACAUUGAAACAUCCCUGAGAGUUUCAGCUUCCAGAAGAGAUUUCGACGAUGAUUCUGAAACUCGUGGCUCGGAAUCGCUCCUACCGCCACCUUCAAGAAGCUCUGGUUCCUUGGGCAAUCCACUGAACCCGUUUGUGCCGCGAACUGAGCGCAACCACACGGAAUUAAGUCCGGUUACGAAUCCGCGGAUGCUUCAGGCUAUCAGGGAAUCAAAUAACUUGCGUCUAUGUUCGUCAUAUGAUAGCUUCGCUGGUAACCCGGAAGAUUUGGCAGGAGACGUUUCGCGUUAUGACAGAAACAAUGAGGACAAUCAGGAAGAUGACGCAACUACUGAUGUUGAUGUUGAAGAAAUGAGGGAUGAUGACAACGCGAGGAGGACCAGCAGUGCCAGUCCUGGGAGCAAUGGCAGUCAUAGUCCUGUUUCCAGUCCACCGAUUUCUCCGGGUUCUGAGGAACUUAUGUCGAAUCCGCUCAACUCGGGAAUGAGUCUUGUUGGUCAUCCAAGUCAUCGAUCUGAUAAUCUGUCCUGCGGACCAUAUAAUUUGGGUGCUUCGGGAGUUAACGUGGCCGUCGCUAUGAGGCAAAGCCAACAAGGUAUUUUAUUGCAUUCAGGCAGCCCUCUUAUUCAUCCCUCGGGGCUUUACUAUCAUCCGGCAGGGUCGACAAGUGCUUUUCAUUCGAUACACAAAGACUCACAGUCUCUAGGUCAUCCGAGGGCUGGAACCGGCGGCACUGGAGCUGGGUCAACUGGUCCACCGCAUCCUUCCCCGUCACAACAACAAUCGCAUCAUAUUUAUCCACUACAACUCGAGUGGCUCGCCAGAACUGGGAUGCUCUAUCCAAGAUUACCUGCUGAUUUAGCUGGGUGUGCAGCUCAACACGCACUUUUGGGUAAAACAAGGCGACCUAGAACGGCAUUCACGUCACAGCAGUUACUUGAAUUAGAGAAACAAUUCCGGCAAAAUAAAUACCUAAGCAGACCAAAAAGAUUUGAAGUUGCGACUUCACUUAUGCUAACUGAAACACAGGUAAAGAUAUGGUUUCAAAACCGACGAAUGAAAUGGAAGCGAAGUAAAAAAGCACAGCAAGAAGCACGUACUGUUAAGUCUGAUGAUUCAGGAACAUCAUCAGCAGCAGCAGUAGCAACAACUACAACAACAACAACCGGAAAUUCAGGACGAACAAAUUCAUUAACGGAACGUGAAUCCGCUAGUAGCAGUCAUAUUAAUAGCGAAGUUGGAACAACGUCUAGUGCCAGUUCAACUGCUUCAAAUUCAACAGUAGUAAACGCUGGCACUGGAUCACAGUCUGAUGAAACUCGGGGUAAUUCACACGAAAAUCAUCCGAGACUUCUUAGCGAGCUUCGUGAACCUCUUUACAGGCCUUACGUUGUUUGAAUCUUUUAAUUUUGUCACUUAACGUCUGAAAAUUAUACUUCAACUGUAAAUAUAUGUUUAGUUGAUAUCUUCUACGCCGCUAGAACAACUUCAAAAUUGAUUUAUUACUGUCAAGUACCUGUUUUAUUUGUCAAUUAUUUUAGGUUUUUUAUGUAUUAUUAUUCACCCGUCAUUUUAAAAUAUUAUUACCUAGAAAUAAUCUUUUAAAUAUUUUUUGACUCUCCUGAAAAAGUUACUGAUAUCAGAUCAGAAAGCUUCCAUAUAAAAACGAUGUUGUGCGUUUUAGUAUUUGUAAUGUUUAUUAAUUAAUUUUAUUUAAACCAAAUUUUUUUUCGGACCAUGUAAAAAAAUUAAUUAUAAAGUAAAUCUCUUCAUUAUAGUUUUUUCACUAAUCCAACUAGUCACAUAUUUUUUUAUUUCAU